AUGUCGCCACAUGCCCCCUCCUCGAGGCUCAAGGUCUCCGGGAUGUGCUUCCUCCUCCAAAUGCUCAUCAUCAUCCUCUUCGCAGUGUUUGUCCGGUACAGCCCAAACGGCAGCCCUGGCCUCUGCUCCGCGCGGCUCAACUGCAGCAGCAGGAGAAACCCUGGACCAGGGUCAUCCCACCUGCGUUCCUGGAAUGUCCAUCUCCAAACCCUCAUGGGCUUCGGCUUCCUCAUGGUCUUCCUCGGCCGCUACAGAAUGGAGAGCGCUGCCACCUGCUUGCUUGUCACCGCCUUUGCCAUCCAGUGGGCCCUGCUCAUCCAGGGGUUUUUCUACUCCUUCCAGAACGGCAAGAUUUACAUGGAAACGCAGAGCAUGGUCAGUGCUGUCUUCUGUGCCGGAGCCGUCCUGGUCUCCACAGGAGCUCUUCUGGGCUGGGGAAACCCUCUCCAGUUGCUGCUGAUGUCCCUGCUGGAAGUUCCCCUGUUUAGUGCCAACGAAUAUGUCCUACUCCACCUGAUAGGGGUAAGCGACGGUGGGGGCUCCUUGACCGUCCACACCUUCGGAGCUUAUUUUGGCUUGGCGCUUUCAUGGAUCUUGCGGCAGGACCAUGCGGGCAAGAGGGAGCAGCAACAGGACACAGGACACUCUCCGGAUGUCCUUGCUGCAGCGGGAACUGUCUGUCUGUGGAUCUUUUGGCCCGGCUUUGUCUCAGCCGCUAUGGUCCCUGCCAGCGUGGAGCCCUGGACAGAGCUGAACACGUACGUGGCGAUGGCAGCCAGCACCCUGGCCACCUUCGUCAUGUCCCCGCUCCUCCACAAGGAUGGCACGCCAUGCAUGUGCCAGGUCCAAGAUGCCACCGUGGCUGGCGCGGUCGUGAUGGGCACGGCAGGGGAGAUGCUGCUCGCUCCAUUCGGGGCCCUCGUCGCAGGAUUCCUCGCUGGCCUGAUACCCCCGCUCAGCUCCAGAUUCUUCGCACCCACCCUACUCCACAAGCUGAGCAUCCAGGAUGCGCGCUGCAUCCAUGGCGUGCACAGCGUGCCGGGAAUCCUGGGCACCUUGCUGGGGGUGCUUCUCGCAGCGCUGGCGACCGCUGACGCUUACGGGGACAGGCUGCAGCUGGCUUUCCCUCACAUUGCUGAUGGCAGCAGGACGGCCACCUACCAGGCGCUCUGCCAGCUCUGCGCGCUGCCCGUCACCCUGCUGUUCGCCGUGCUCGGUGGCAGUGUCACCGGAGCCAUCCUGAAAAUUAAGGGUCUAGGAUCUCCUCUGGCCACAUCAUGCCUGGAAAAUAAGACCCUGCAGGAGGGGUCCCGUGAGCAGCAAGCGAGUGGAGAGGAGCUGAGUGGCAGCACUUCGGUGUAG